AAAGGCAGUACUACAUAGUACACCUUUUUCUGCAUGCCGUAGCCCCUUUGCCGUUUCUGGGGCCGAAGAAAUUCCAACUGGAAAUGUACUACCUUCAGUUGCCAGGACAACUGGCCAGGGAUCGUAAGCAGAUCUGAAAGAUAUAAAUAAAUCAUUUGAAAACAAAUCACCACACCAGGUUUCUGGCCUUUGUGUGAGGUCAGGACCUAUCGAGCGUCACAGGAUCAUAAUCUUCCUGUUUUGCUGGAAGUGUCAGCUGUAAGACCCUCACGCUGGGAUCUUCAUGGUGCGUUUGUUCUAGGUUUGCUCUAUAUACACAGAGCUGUAAGUAGUUUGAUACAUACUCGUACGCGGAUCCAAAGCAGACACCAAGACAUCCUUCAAAGUCUGGGUUGAGCAAGCGAGCUGCAAGAUGGUGGACGCGAUGCGGUCCAUGCUCGAUGAGCUUAUGGGAAAAGAAAGGGACGUUCCACUGGAGAAGCGUUCCGGCCGUGGCGUGCGCUACUACGACCCAGAAGUGUGCAAGUAUGCGCUUGCAGGGCUCUGUCCCUAUGGACUCUUCAAAAACACCAAGAGCGACCUUGGUGUGUGCAAGUAUGAGCUGCACGAUGACGAUUUGAAGUUUGAGGAGCUCAAAGCAGAGUACGACGCGCUCUCAGAGAAGGAGAAGGACAGGACGGGAUACCAGAAGGAGCUGCACGUGCUGCUGACGCAGCUGGUGCGCGACAUGGACCGCAAGAUCGAGCGGCAGCGCGACCGUGCGCUGAAGGAGUCCGAGCCCAAGCCCGUCUCGGCCUCGGAGCAGGUUGAGCUCGACGCCAUCAAGGCAAAGGAGAAGGAGGCGCUUGACAAGAGCGAGGCGCUGGCGGAGGAGGGUGACGUGGACGGCAGCAUCCUGUUUGCCAACACGGCGGAGGGCUUCAAGACGCAAUGGGAUGCGCUGCACGCCAGCUUCACGCAGCCCGAGCGCACCAUGAGCGUCUGCGACGUCUGCGGCGUCUUCAUCAACUCCACCGACAACGAGCAGCGCCGCAAGGACCAUUUAGAAGGCAAGCAGUUUCGCGGGUGGCUAGCCAUCAGAGAGAAGCUGGCGGAGGUGCAGGCGGCAGCGGCCGAGAAGGGCCGGCCCAAGGAACCGGACGUCCGGGAGCACAGGUCGGACCGCGAGCGAGAUAGGGACAGGGACAGAGACAGGGGCCGCUCCAGCCGCAGCGAUCGUGACAGGGAACGUGACAGAGACAGGGACAGAGAUCACUCACGGCGGGACAGGGAGCGGCGGCGCAGCAGGUCGCCGGUGCGGAGGCAUGCGGAGGUGGCGCCACCUGGGGACCUGUAUCAUGGCGGCAGCGGAUCGCGGCACGAGCCUCGUGAACGCGACAGGGAAUAUGGGCAGCCCUCAAGGCACCGCCGCUGACAUGGGCGCCAGCACCGAGCAUGUUUGAUCUGGGUGUCGUGUCUUGUGGUGUGCUCUCUGACGGCGCUUCCUCUAUCUGAUUGUGACCCCUUCUAUGAUCUCAACUGCAAAGCAUUGCUUGGGAUUGUGUGCCCCAUGGC